CUUUUUAGUGUUAGUUGUAGGGUUUUAGAAAAAGAAAUCAAAAGUUUGUCAUACGAAGUCGAUGGGUGGUGAUAUUCCUCGGAAACAACCUCUAUUUUGCUUAAAAUGGCCAUGGGAUGUAAACUCAAACGCUAAUCCAAACAAACCCCUCAGUUCAUGCUCUUCGGGACCUCCAUGGAUUUUCAAAUCGAUCCAAACCGUCGGCUCCCUCGCUUCAACGCUCGUCGAAUCGAUCUCAAAACCCCAAACCAGAAACCAACUCCAGUUCUCGAAAUUGGCGACGAAGACGAAGGGUUUGAGUGGAGAGGAACAAGGGGAGUUAGAACAGAGAGCAUUGGCAUGUGCUUUGGCUAAUGGAAAAGACGCUACAGUGAUCGAAUUCUAUUCUCCCAAAUGUAGCCUUUGCAAUUCAAUGGUUGAUUUUGUGGGGCAUGUGGAGAAUAAGAACGCUGAUUGGCUUAACAUUGUUAUGGCGGAUGCUGAGAAUGAUAAAUGGUUGCCUGAGCUUCUCAACUAUGACAUAAAGUAUGUUCCCUGUUUUGUAUUGUUGGAUAAACAUGGCAGAGCUCUUGCCAAAACGGGUGUGCCCAACAGCCGGCUUCAUGUUGUUGCAGGUGUUUCUCAUCUUCUUAAAAUAAAUCGCCCAUCUGAAAGAUAAAUCAUCAAGAAUGGUGUUAUUAUGGUAUAUGAAUCACAUUGCUUGAUAGAUAGAUUUAAAGCCUUUUGUUUCCUUCUAUGGAAAGAAUGAUGUAUGCAUGAAGGAAGUAUUGUAUGAAUGAAGUAUGAACAAACUAAACAUGGUAGCUACUUAGUAACGAACAACAUUGCAAAAACAAACAAUUCAUGAUGCAUAUACAUAUUAACUUGAAUUUAAUAUACGUAUAGCGAUCUUAG